CAAGAUCAGUUAUGCCCGGUGUUUGGACGUGGCAGUAGAUGCAGAAGCUCCUGCACAAUCACGGAGCUCUGGUGUUGAAGCAAAAGACUUGGGCUUGCACUCCCGCAGCAGGCCACAUUGUGAAGCCGACAAGUUGUCGCACCACAUGGGAACCACUGCAGCUGCGGCUUCAGCUGCCUCUGUCCAGGAAUGUGGGUCACAGCAGCUUGAACCUAGCGACAGGCCAUCUGGUGCUGGUGACGCGGAAGCUUCUCAGCCCUCGGUUUCUCAAGAUGCACAAAACAGCAUUGAGCAAGUGGUGCCAGAUGAGCUCGGUAGGAAACCUUUUCUUAAACAUGCUCUUUUGAUACAUAUAUAUUUUCAUGCAAGUAUUUUUUUCACGGUACUCGUGAUAUUCUGUGAUCAUAAAUAUUGUGGCAUUUUAACCAAAUGUCAUAAUGCGUCUCUUAGGUGCCAUUUCCGUCACACGAAGUGCACAAACUCACUGCGUUGGGAUGGCGAUAUUGGUUCCUCCCAACAAGUUUUCUCAGAAGCACUAAUUGCAGGCCACCUGUCAUGUCAUAUACAUGGAUAAUUUAAGUUUAUUCCCCGACACAUGAUAGCUUGUAGUACAUUCUCUGUAUAGAGGGUGCCUUGUAAUGUGUCAAAGCCAUCAUUUAUUGAUGAUGCAUGCAUUCUUUAUUUGAAUUUUUUUUUUUGCACACAUGUGCACUAUAUUUUACAGGUGCCUUUUGUGUAGCAGAGCACCAUAUAGAGUUAGCAUCUAUUCCAUAAUGAGCCAUUAGAAAGCAGCCUGGUUAUUAGUUGUUUUGUUAGUUAAAGUAGUGCUGUAGAAUGAAUUGCCACACAUCAGCAGUACUUUGCAGCUACUAAAAAAUUAUUCAGAGUACUUAUUUAUCAUUGUCCACAGCUAGAAUCAUUGCAAAAUUAUGAACAUAGUACCUGAGCUCUAGUAGUCUGUUACAGCU